AUGAGCUUAAACUUUAAAUUUGAGAACCCAAAAGAUGUGUCUCCCAUUUAUUAAAAACCACCUACAACUUAAUAGAUAAAAACAUCCACAGCUUUUGGAUAACCUGGAGCCUUUGAAGAAUUUGAGUAAUUUGGUAAGGUGUAAAAGACUGAAAAUCCAUUUGGUGAUUCCUUUUAGGUUUCUGGAUUCUCUUCAGCUGAGACUACUUAAACAGUUGAAAAAUAAGCAAAAAUUGAUCUAUUGAAUAUAGAUGAAGAUGCACCACAAAAAUAACAAACAGUAGAUGUAGAUCCGUUUUAAUAGAAUUCUUAAUAAACUUAAUAAACAGGGGUAUUUGAUGCUUUUGCUACUGGUUGGAAUUAACAAUAGCCACAAUAGCCGUAAUAAAGCUUCAUUUAAUCAAAUAAAAGUUCACAGCCAUUUGAUGCCUUUAAUUUAGUUGGAUCAGUAGGACAAAUUGGAUAAGUACCUCCAUAGUAAGGGUUUUCAAAUCAAUAAGGUGGAGUUCAAGCCUUUGAUUAACGAUUUCCACAGCCCCAAAAAUAAGAACAAUUAAAUAUCCUAAAUCUAUACGGGAAUCAACAACCUGUAGUUGGUAAUUUGGCUUAUUCAGCAUUUCCUUAAGUUUAUACAUAACCAAUGGUUUAAUCAUAGCCAACACCAUUUGAUCUAUUCAGAUGA